CUUCAAUACAACUUUUAUGGGAGGAAUGGUUUUGGGAUUCUAUACUUAAGAGAGGUUCGUUUCCUUUCUGUCACAGGGCACUGACGACCCUCGAACAAACAUCGCUCGACCCAGCAUUCGGUCCGGAAUUUUGGCCGCUCGUCUUUUGGAUAUUGUAA